AUGAAUCGCCCGGGCCGUAUGAGUGUACAAGAUGUCUUAGAUGCCAUAGAUGGUGAGGACAGUGAAUUUGAAGGUUGUGAGUCGGAGGAUAGUGAUGACGAUGAUCAAGAUUACACUAACGAUGCUGAUGACGGGGAUGAUGAUAUUUCUUCACAAAGUUCGGGUUCGGACGAUUUCAGUGAUGAGGAUGACAUUCCGUUGGCAACCCUGGCAGCAAGAGCAACCACAUCAAAAAAGAAGAAACAAGGCCAAGGGAAUAAAGCAACUCAGUCAUGGAUAGACAAGGACUUUGACCCACCUGAUACAACAUUUCUCGGUAAAGAAAUAGAAUAUCCAGCGGACACUGACAUUCCUUCGCCAUACUACUAUUUCAAAAAGUUCAUUACUGAUGAGAUGCUUGAACUUUGUGUGGAGCAAACUAACAUGUACAGUGUCGAGAAAGGUGGUAAGUCCGCCAAUCUCACCAAGAAAGAGCUUGAACAAGUGUUGGGAAUGGUCUUGCGAAUGGGUCUAAUGCAGAUGUCGGGAAAUCGUGCAUAUUGGGAACAAGAUUCCAGAUAUCCUGCUGUGGCAGAUAUCAUGGGUCGUAACCGAUUCUCAUAUUUGCUUACUGUCCUCCAUUUCGUAGACAACAACGCAGUAACAGAUGAUCAAAAAAAGGACAAGAUCUGGAAGAUUCGGCCCUGGAUAGAUGAGUUUCGUGACCACUGCCGGACUGUGGUGCCAGAAGAACACAAUUCUAUCGAUGAACAAAUGAUCCCCUUCAAGGGGAAACGGAGCCCUAUCAAGCAGUACGUGAAGGGUAGGCCUCACUCUACUGAGACUGGAAUACUUUGUCACUUUGAUGUUUACCAAGGAGGGGAUGGAAAGAAAACUGAACUCGGUAUGGGGGGAGAUGUCGUAACCAAGCUGUGUGAAACUCUGCCCAAACAUCAAAACUACAAGGUGUUUGCAGAUAACUUCUUCACUUCGGUGAAACUCGCAGCAAAGUUACUAGAGAGCGGCAUUCUAUAUGUUGGGACUGUAAGGAAAAACCGCUUAGGUGUAUGUCCUUUUACAUCUGACAAGCUUAUGGAAAGGAAAGGUCGUGGUACAAUGGAAAGCUUCGUUGAGAACAACUCAAAUGUCGUGGCUGUAAAAUGGUACGACAACAAGGCUGUAACCUUACUCUCGACUUACGCAGGAGAACAACCAAGCGACAAGUGUAAGUGA